AUGAGUGAGAAAGGAAAGGAGAUAGAGAAGGAUGAAAGAGAGAUGUUUGAGCAUUGGAGCCACGAGCAUCCACUCAGUUUGGUGGAAGCUUGUGGGGGAGAAUACUGCUAUGGUUGUGAAGAUCGGUUUAGCAGCGGAGAGCAAGCUUAUGGAUGCAGCAUCGACGGAUGUGACUACUCAAACUUAUUGCACGAAGAAUGUGCAACGAUGGCAAGAAAGAUACGACAUCCAUCGCACCACCCUCAACACAUACUCAUCCAACAACACGAACCGGUUUUGAGUCGGUGUUAUAUCUGUGAAAAGAUUAUUUGGAGCAUUGGUUACAAAUGUACAUGCUCUGAAUGUGAGUUCGAGAUGCACUUGAGAUGCUCGCAGCAAAGUGGUGGGCUGAUCAAAGCAGUAGCAGACGAUGGCGUUGAGCAAAUCCGCAAAAUUGUACGUCAUCCAAGUCAUCCUGACCACGAAAUGAAGUUGUUGAGAAGAAGGAAUAUAGGGAAAGACAUUAUUCAUCUUCCAGCGAAUGAGGUGGCCGGGGAACUAAUUACACCGUUUGUGAUGAGACAAAGAGGAGGAGAAACAUUGAUACCGCCCAUCAUCAUCCCUGCUAGUGCUGCUGAUGAGUUGAUGAAGGUGAAAUAUAAGUUCAUUCAUCACCAACAUCAGCUCACUUUACUGUCAUCUGCCAAUCGAAGCCAAGAAGAAGAAGAAGAAGAAGAUGAGGAGAAUUAUGGAGUGAGAUCAGAAUUGAUAUGUGAUGGGUGCAUCACUCAUAUAUCAUUAUCAUCAAACUACUAUAUGAGUUGCGGUGAAUGCAAAUACAAUCUUCACUUGGCGUGCUUUCACUUGCCACCUCAACUCUCCUCACUUCCAGUCCACCAACGUGAUGAUCACCAGCUAGUCCUCCAAUCUUUGGACAAACACCAACCUUGGAGGUGGAAAGAGUGCAGUGUUUGCGAGUAUGUAACUAAUGGGCUGUUUUACACCUGUACAAAUUGCAGCUUCAAAGUCAAUAUCCAAUGCGCUUGUAUGCCGGAUACCAUACACCACGCAGCUCACCCGCGACAUCUCCUCAAGCAUGUGACUCAGUCGGUUCUACGUAGGGAUAUCAACCGACGGCGCUUGUCGUGUGCUGCUGGUUGUGACUAUUACAUAGACGAUUAUGAUUGUUACAGGUGCAGCAACAACUCAUGUGAUUUCAUAGUGCACGUCAGAUGCGCUUUGCUGCCUGUGUCGGUCAGCAGCCGUAGAUGGGACGAGCACCACCCGCUGCUGCUGACAUACAACGCCACUCAAAACCAUCCCGGUGAUUUCUAUUGCGACCAGUGCGAAACAGGGAUGAAUCCCAGGAGCUGGAUGUAUCACUGCCGCGCCUGCGAUAUAUCCUUCCAUCCUAAAUGCUUUCCAACUACAUCCGGCGAGUUUAGAAACAAGAAGUUGGGGCAGAAAUAUGUGAAUGACGCAGUUCACCAACACCCUCUCACCUUUCAACUUCUCACCACAAAACGCUGCUGCGACAUUUGUGGUCGGGGUAAACUUGAACAGGAAGGAUUCUACUGUGCAUUUUGCAACUUCUUCAUUUGUUACUACUACUGCAGCACAGUAUUGAUUAGAAAUGCGCCCGUUGAUUGA